UAUUAUAGACGACGAACCAGCAGUUCGUCCAACCGCAUCACACCACAAGUACAUUUCCAUCCUUAUCCACCAGCACGACGAGGAUAUUAUGAUAGCGACGAUGACGACGACGAAGACGACGACGAAGAAGACGACGACGAUGAAAUGGACUACGAAAGCACUCAUCAAAGCAGUAGUAGCCGUCGUCGCGGGUCACAGCAAGACUUUCUGGCAGGCCAAAUGAUCUUGCCGCGACUAGCGAGUUAUCUCGUCAGGAAUCCAGACGAGUCGCCCGAGAGCUACCUUUUGCAUCAUCAGCACAGUCAACAGCAACCUAGAAUGAAUAGCAGUAACAAGGACAAUGAUAAUAAUUACGACGACGAGGCUAAUAAUAACAACGACCCGUCUCCGCCACAACAAGAGCCAUCGGCAUCGCCAAAGACCCGACGAUUAUCGGUCCAGGACCUGUGUAACCCUAUCGAGUCGCUCGAGCCCACAGCGACACCCGACCAGGAGAAUGGCGUGGACUUGACUGAAGACGAAUUCCAGGCACUGCAAGGUUUUGGCAGGUUCAGACUAGUGGCCAUUGCUUCAGCAGACGGUCCUACCAGUAAAGCAGCAAUAGCAGAAUAAUUUCACCCUUCUCUUUCCCUUCCCUCCAUACAUUUGUUUAUCUGUCACUUUGCGAGUGCUCUGUGUGUGUGUGUGUGUGCGUGUAAUUUGUCUUUGCCCUACUUGCUUUUUUUCUUCGUGCCAAGCUUCUACAAGAAAAAACUAAAAAAGACUUUUUUUUACUGAAACGUAAUAUCGUCGGAAAA